AGUAACAGCCAAAUCAUGCCCCAAAGCCAAUAACCGCGGAACCCAGUGCUCUAUCGUUUAACUCCGCCCACCAUGUCCUACUGUUGUUCAUCGUUGCUCCCUUCUCCUCCUUCCCUCCGCCGCCGCCUCCGCUCCCCUCUCCUCACUUCUCCCCCCAAAGCCCUAACUCUAACCCCUCGCAGACCCUCUCUUUUCCUUCGCUCCUCCCUUUCCGACCCCUUCGUCCUCGAGAUCGCCGAGAAGCUCGAGGACUCCCUUUCCUCCUCCCCCUCGAUCCAAUCCCUCCCUCUCCAACGUCUCCGCGACUCCUCCUCCCAGUCCCUCCUCUCCCGCUCCUGGCCCUCCUCCAAAGACGAGCCCUUUCGCUUCACCGACACCUCCUUCCUCAAGAACUCCUCCAUCCUUCCCGCUCCCAUCCCUCCCCUUCCCUCCUUCUCCCUCGACUCUCCUUCCCCCAAUCUCAUUUCCCUCGUCGACGGCCACUUUGUCACCUCCCUCUCCCGCCUCUCCUCCGUCCCUGCCGGCGCCUUCGCCGGCAGCCUCUCUGCCCUCCCCCCGGGUCCCAUCUACGACCGCCUCCUCGCCGCCAUCGCCUCCGCCGACGACUUCCAAGAUCGGGACUUGUUCUGGGACUUGAACGGUGUCGGCGCCCCCGAUAUCGCCGUAAUCUACAUCCCGGCUGGAGCGCGGGUCCUUGACGAGCCAAUUCAUAUACGAUUCUGUUACUCUGAGGGGGAUGAAGUUGGAUCACAGCGGUUGCGGUUGUCGAACCCCAGGGUUUUGGUUGUGGUGGAGAAGGGGGCCGAGGUGGGGAUCGUGGAGGAGCACUUGGGGGUCGGGGGAAGCGAUGAGAGAUGCUACUGGGCCAAUUCCGUGAUGGAGAUUGUGAUCGAGGAGGGCGCCAAGGUGACGCAUUCUUACAUGCAGAGGCAGUCGGUGAAUGCCGCUCAUAUCAAGUGGACGUUUGCUCGGCAGGAAUCAUCUAGUUCCUAUGAGCUCAUUGAGAUAAGUACUGGUGGAAGGCUAAGCAGGCACAAUCUCCAUAUUCAGCAAUUGGGCCCUGACACUGUGACGGAGCUGUCAGCAUUUCAUGUAUCUCGAAGCAAUCAGACACAAGAUCUGCAUAGCAGAUUAGUCUUGGAUCAUCCUAGAGGAUAUUCCCGGCAACUUCACAAGUGCAUUGUAUGCCAAUCUUCAGGGCAGGCUGUAUUUGAUGGAAACAUUAAGGUCAACAGAUUUGCACAGCAAGCUGAUGCUGGUCAGCUGACAAGAACCCUCCUCUUGGCACCUCGAGCGACAGCCAAUGUAAAACCUAACCUACAAAUCAUUGCUGAUGAUGUCAAAUGUUCACAUGGAGCUGCUAUCAGUGACCUUGAAGAAGACCAACUCUUCUAUUUUCGGGCGAGGGGUGUGGAUCUACAAACAGCAAGAGAUGCUCUGGUCUUCUCCUUUGGAGCCGAGGUGAUGGCUCGCAUUCCAUUUGAGCCCAUUCGGAAAAGUGUAACUAGUCAAGUUAAAGAGUUACUAGCAAAUCAAUGAAAAAAAUAUUGAACCUGCCAUUCUGCCAAUCCUCCUGCCUGCCUGUAAUCCUAUUUUUUGUUAUAUAAUGCAAUGAAACAUUGCGAAUCAAUUGUUUUAAUUAGUAAAAGAAAUGUGUUUGUUCCAAA